UUGAAACUUCUCCGAGCAGCCACCGCGGAGCCCCCACCGCCCCAACCCCAGCCGGUGGCAAGUGGGGGCUCACGGGGCCGUGCCAAGCGGCCAGCAGCGCCGGGAGAGAGAGUUGUGGGGACCGAGUUGCUAUGGGGGUCGCCCUUGCCUCUCUGCGAGGCCGGGCACCCUCACAUCAGAGGCAAGCAGAAGAGAUUUCUAGGAGCGUCCGCACAGCCGCACCCCUAACUUGGAGCCGAGAAAAUGUACAACAGGCACCCUUAGCGGGCUGGCUGCGGCAGGGAGGGGGUGGUGCCGCGCCGACAGGAAGGCUCCUUUCCUUCGAAGGACAGUGGUGGGGAGCCGGAGGACCUGAAAAGGGGACUACGCUGGCCCUUUUGGCACUGCACCCCUUUGAGACUUGACUGGUCAGCCCCACAGUUCCGUGCUUCCCGCCCUUCCCCCCAGCCCCAAGUCUGCGGAGUCCGCUGUGAGUUGCUGUGACAACAGUGGGAGCUGCCAUGAGGGGCUUGCAAAACACCUUACUUUGUCUCUGUGUGCUCAGCUUUCGGGGAAGACAACCAGGGGGGGAAAUUUGCAGAAGAGAGAAUUCAACCCCCUCUCCCCAAAAAGAAGUGGAAGGAAGGCACAACUAUGUAAAAAUAUAUCAUUAGAUCCUACUGUUAGCUGCACCGUUUCCAUCCCCAGCGAUAUCAAACAUCUCAACUGAGGAGCAAUGUCAAUAUUUAGACUUGGACAAGCCAGAAAGUUAGAAGGGAGCGCCAAGCACAGGGUUUUGACUUGGCUUUGCACGUCAGCACACAAGCUGUGCCUUUGGAGCUGACUAUACACAUUUGCUGGGGGGAAAAAUGCAUGAGGGUUGAUAUAUACACAGAGGCACCCAGAUCUAAGGAAAUCGAAGGAAGUUAGACCAGAAGAGUCGCCCUAACUUUGAACCUGCCCGGCCUGUCACGUUCGCCAGAGCCCUGUUGAACUCCAGCCAGAAGCUCAGCUUGAGGUUUCACCGGUCUUGGGCUCCCCCACCCCCACCCUGUGCUGUGCUGCACAUUCUACGUUAAACUGCAGAAACAGUACUGUUAAAGGAUGAGUGCUUUUCAUUUUUGUACCAGUCCUCUCACUAUUAGCAGAUAGCAAGUAGUCAGUGGGCUGUUUGUUUGAUCUUGGCAAGACUUUUCCAAACAUAACUCUGAUAAGUUUGUUUACAAACACUAUUUAGAAAUUUGGAAUUAUAUUUCAUUUCCAGUAACCGUGGAGAUGCCCGAGAGAGUCACUGGCUGCUAGAAAAUAAACCUAAGGUCUUUUCAGUAGAAAUAAUGCCUGCAUACUGCUCCACAGGAGGACGGGCGGUCAAUUAUUCUAUUAAAUAAGGUUUUCUGAGAUUCCUGGAUCAUAUCUGGACCCGUAUUAGUGGGAAGGAGGUUUUACCAGUUGGUCCUAGUGUGGGAGGCUUUGGACAAUCAUUAGGAAGCAAUAAUAUUGCUGUCAGGAGUCUUCUCAACUUGCCCAUUUUGUUAUUUUCUCCAAUUUUGAAGGUAGUGUAAACUCAAAGUACAUAGAGCUGUAUGUGAUCACAGAGGUGGAAAUAGAAGCACCUGUUAACAGUUUGAUGUUAUUGCCCAUAACAUAACUUCAUCAUUAUACAAUGUAACAGGAAAAACCAGAAUUGUUUGGCCUUUUAAUUAUGAUUAUACUUUCUAAAAAUGCUAUGUUGGAGGAAGAGCUUGCCCACUUGGGUGACUUCUGUAUUAUAAAAGGCAGUAAGAUUUUCAGUGUUCCAAGCCAUGGGUUUGUGGCCAAACUUUUUUUUGGGUGGGUAUCAUCCUCAAGUGCUUAGAAAUGUCUUUUUAUAAAUACUGCAAAAUGUUAACCUACUUCAGGAUGUAGUCAACCCAAAGAAAUACCACUUGAACACUGGCAUUCAGCAAAAGCAAAGCAGAUUCUGCCCUCUUUCAGGGAAAGUAAGAAAACAACGUAUGUUGAAAAUUUUAGUGUCUCUCCAUGUGUUCCUGACAGGCAGUAAGAUUUACAGAGUAUUUUCUCUUUUAUGUAGGUAAGUCCAGCUGUGAGCAGGGCGUUCUGUUCUUCACUUCCAGCAAGACAGAGUUUUAUAAAUGGAAACUGACAUGGACUACGAAAGACCCAACGUUGAAACCAUCAAGUGUGUGGUCGUGGGUGACAACGCCGUGGGGAAGACACGCUUGAUCUGUGCCAGAGCAUGUAACACCACACUGACGCGGUACCAGCUGCUGGCCACGCACGUCCCCACCGUGUGGGCGAUUGACCAGUACCGUGUCUGCCAGGAGGUAUUGGAACGUUCCCGGGAUGUUGUGGAUGAAGUGAGUGUUUCUCUCAGGCUUUGGGACACUUUCGGGGAUCAUCACAAAGACAGACGUUUUGCAUAUGGCAGGUCGGAUGUUGUGGUCCUCUGUUUUUCCAUCGCUAACCCCAACUCUCUAAACCAUGUGAAAACCAUGUGGUAUCAAGAAAUCAAGCAUUUUUGCCCUCGAACACCCGUGGUACUCGUUGGCUGCCAGCUCGAUCUCCGCUAUGCCGAUCUGGAAGCUGUCAAUCGAGCCAGGCGCCCGCUAGCAAGGCCCAUAAAGAGAGGGGAUAUUUUGCCCCCAGAAAAAGGCCGAGAGGUUGCGAAGGAACUUGGCAUCCCUUACUAUGAAACAAGUGUGUUUGACCAGUUUGGAAUCAAGGACGUGUUUGACAAUGCGAUCCGGGCAGCGCUGAUUUCCCGCCGCCACCUGCAGUUCUGGAAAUCCCACUUAAAGAAAGUCCAGAAACCUUUACUUCAGGCACCCUUCCUACCUCCAAAAGCCCCCCCACCGGUCAUCAAAAUUCCAGCGUGUCCUUCCACAGGGACGAAUGAAGCUGCCUGUUUACUGGACAAUCCUCUGUGCGCCGACGUCCUGUUCGUCCUUCAGGACCGGGAGCACAUCUUUGCACAUCGAAUUUACCUCGCUACCUCUUCUUCCAAAUUUUAUGAUCUGUUUCUAAUGGAAUGUGAAGAAUCCCCAAGUUGGGGUGAAGGAGCUUGUGAGAAUGAGAAGCAGGGUAGGGAUUUCCAGGGGCGGACAGUGAGUGUUGACUCAGACGAGAGAGGGGAGGACGGCCCCCCCAGGACCCCGCAGGCUGAGCAGUGGGAGUCCUCCAGCCGGACCCCACCGGAGACGGUGGGGCUGGAAGCUGAGGGCUUGGCUCCCGAGACGCAGACUCUGUCAGGCUGGAGUAAGGGUUUUGUCGGCAUGCACAAGGAAAUGCAAGUCAAUCCCAUUUCGAAGCGCGCAGGCCCUGUGACUGUGGUCAGGAUGGACUCCUCUGUCCAGCCAGGCCCUUUCCGGACUCUGCUCCGGUUUCUUUACACGGGGCAACUGGAUGAGAAGGAAAAGGACUUGGUGGGCCUGGCCCAGAUCGCAGAGGUCCUAGAGAUGUUCGAUCUGAGGAUGAUGGUGGAAAACAUCAUGAACAAGGAAGCCUUCAUGAACCAGGAGAUUACGAAAGCCUUUCACGUGCGGAAGGCCAAUCGGAUCAAAGAGUGUCUCAGCAAGGGCACGUUCUCGGAUGUGACAUUUAAAUUGGACGAUGGAGCCAUCAGUGCCCACAAGCCCCUGCUAAUCUGUAGCUGCGAAUGGAUGGCCGCCAUGUUUGGGGGCUCAUUUGUGGAAAGUGCCAACAGUGAGGUAUACCUCCCGAACAUAAACAAGAUAUCAAUGCAAGCAGUAUUGGAUUAUCUCUAUACCAAGCAGUUGUCGCCUAAUUUGGACCUGGACCCACUGGAAUUGAUUGCCUUGGCAAACAGAUUUUGCCUGCCACACUUGGUUGCACUUGCAGAGCAGCACGCCGUUCAGGAGCUGACCAAGGCCGCGAUGAGUGGCGUGGGCAUCGAUGGGGAAGUGCUCUCUUAUCUGGAAUUGGCCCAGUUUCACAACGCCCACCAGUUGGCCGCCUGGUGCCUGCACCACAUCUGCACCAACUACAACAGUGUUUGUUCCAAGUUCCGCAAGGAAAUCAAAUCAAAGUCUGCAGACAACCAGGAAUACUUUGAGCGGCACCGCUGGCCUCCUGUGUGGUACCUGAAGGAGGAAGACCACUACCAGCGUGUGAAAAGGGAACGAGAAAAAGAAGAUAUUGCACUAAAAAAACAUCACUCGAGACGAAAGUGGUGCUUUUGGAAUUCAUCUCCAGCAGUCGCCUGAAGAGGAAGAGGGGGGAAAAAAUCAGUAAUCUGAUAACACCACUUUUAAAAGCACUACUGUAAAAUUAGUCUUCUUCUUAGAGAUAUGAUGUAGUUCAGGUUUCAGGCACUGACCUUCCUCCACUGUUGUGCAUUUAUCUUUGUUAGGAUCAAAGCACAAGCUCACCAUCCAUGAGCCUGGACAAAAAGGGAAGCUGACUCUCACUGCAUUCCUUAACCUAAUAUGUAUAUAUAUUUUUUUUUGUUAGGAGGCUUAAUAAACUUCAGUCUGUUAUUUUGUUUCUUUUUAUACAAAGAAAAAAAAAUCCAGCUUUCAUGUUUCUGAUUCCAAAUUGGAAAAUAUUUUUAUAUGGUCUCUUGUAUUUUGUUGAAAUGAAAAUACUAUGUAUUACUUUAUUUUACAGGCCACAAAUUGACCACAAAGUCGCCCUGUGAUUCCCUUUUGCCCACAUGACCACCAAGCAUUAUUACAUAACUAGAGGGUUAUCCUUUUGUUGCCAAGGAAAGGAUUGGGACUUAAAUCCCCCAAGUGCGAGUUGGAGAGUGUUUCAUCUUUGUUCUGCUAAGUAACAUGGGUAUAGUUACCAAAUCACCUCCAAGAAUGUGUUAUUUACAAUAUCUGCCAUGUAAGUGCUAUAAUUAUAUGGUUAUAUGUGCCAUGUAAAAUAUAGUGAUAUCAAAUAUUCUAUUGUUUAAAUGUCUAGAUCCAAGAGGAUAAUCUUUAUAAUCACCGAAAGGGCUUAUUCAAUCCCAGCAUUACCAGGGCAAACUCACUGGUGGACCUGAAUACAUACGAUACCAUUAGUGCAUCGGCGUUUGGAUUGCUGUGUUAGGGUUUGUGUCUCUCAGUAUCCUUGACCUUGCCAUGCCUCUGCAUGCAGUUCUCCACUGACUUGAAUUGAGAUGGGCAAGAGUCUCCGGACUCCGUCCCGCCAUCUACAGGCUUGUCACAUCUCACCACCAGAAACGAAGCUUCCUCAGGUCUCUCACCUGUGGCCAACUUCACUUUGUAAGACCCCUAUUUUUAACUCUUCCCAGGGAAAAUUUUGUGUCGCUGCAGAAGUAGGCCAAGGCAGACCACCCACUCCUGCUGAAAUUCAGCAGGGCCUGUGAAAGCACAAAGCUGGAGGCCGGGUCCCUGCAUUCUCCAGCACAGAAAGGAAUCUAAUUCCAAGAGUCUAGGAAAUGGUGCUAUCGUGAGUUAGUUCUGACCCUUCAUUUUCAGUUUUAAAAUAGUGUAGAGCAGGGGAGUUCUGGUGAGGCUGUCAGUCAUUGCUUCUCCGUAAAGUAAAAUGUGACCGUGCAGGCACGCACGGAGCACUUUCAGGCCACGACUCCAUCCACACCUGUCACGGGUUGUUGUGUGGCAGGGGAUGGGGCUCAUUCUGUUGGAAGGUCAACCUACUGAUGCUAAGGGCUGUUUCUUCUUUUUACUUUUUGUUGUUUGUUUAGCUUUUCAGAAAAGAUGGAAGAAAGAUAGUUGAGUCCAAACCCCAAUGUUGACAGCCAUAUGCAUUUGAAAAAAAUCUAUCUAGAUUACAGAUGGCUGUGUUUAUUACCAGCAGUGGAAACACGCUAGAUACCAGAGCUUUGAAGAGGCCCAGAAAUGCAUCACCCUCUCAUGACAAUCGAGGAGGCAGUGGCAUAGGAACAGCUGUAAAUGCAUCCACCUUCAGUUUUUCUUUGUUCGAUAGGGUUGUAAAUCAUUACUGAAAGGAGAAAGGAGACAGAAUGAAAGGGUAAAUGUCAAGACUCAGGAAGACUUGGCAUGUAUCCUAUCAUCUAUAAAACAGUAGAGGUUGAGUUUUCAAUGAGUAGUCAUAGUUGAAUUGUUCUACAACCAAAGCUCCCAUUUGAUUGUAAUCUUGCCAAAAUGUCAUGGACAUGUAAACGAACUUGGGGUAUAAGCAAUAAUAUCCACUGGUGGUGUUGUCAGCUGCUAUAACCAAGUGGCCGGUUCAUUUGGUUGAUGCUGAUUAUGGCCUUUAACCAUGGUGGUUUCUUGUGUGUUUUUUAUUUCACAAAAAGAAAAGCCAAUAAAAUUGUUUAGCUACAAAA